AAUUUUUGAAAGGCAAACACAAACUUUUCCAUGAACGAGUUACCACUGAGUUACUCAGCUACAAAAUCGUCAAGGUUUUGGUUUUCCUCUCGGAACUCUUUGAAUUGGGUUGGGAGAAUAAUAGGACGUUCAGAUGUUGGGGAAAGGAAGGAAAGUGUCUGGUAGGGGAGAGAUGGUGGCUGCUAAUUAUGCAUUUGGCCCAGCUGAAGAUGAUAUGAUUAUUAAACACAGGCUUCUGACACGUACCACUACUACUAGAGGUGAGCCUCCAUUGAAGAAACUUCAAAGGAAGUUUACCUCAUUUGUACUAGAGGUUGAGAAGGAUGAACAUAACUAUAAUGAUUGUGCAAAACUUUCCAAGGCUUUCUUACAAGAGUUGUCUACUUUUGAGAUUCCUUUACUAAAGAGUAAAGCUGUUAUUGAUGCAAAUCUUAGAGAGAAGGAGAAUUUCAAUGAGUUAAAAGAUGAGAUAAAUAGGCAGAUAUUGCAGGCACAGACUGACAUAGAAGAUCUAAAGAAACAACUAGAAGAAAGUAAGAUUGAGAGGCAGCACAAGGAGGAGUGUGAGGCGAUUAGGAAAUUGAUUUCUGCACAGCCACCAAGAUCAGAGACUCAAAAACGUAUAGCAGAGUUAGAGAAAGAGAUUGCAGCAUUGGAGGCGGAGAAUACUGCUGGUUCAAGGUUGCUGGAGCUUCGGAAGAAACAGUUUGCCCUGUUAUUGCAUGUGGUGGAUGAGUUACAAAAUACCAUUGAGGAGGAACAAAAGAGUUUGAUUGAGGAGAUGAGAAUGGUGACUGAAGAACAGAAGAGUGGAAUGGAAGAUGCCAGUGGAGGCUCAGAAGCCAUGGCUGUUGAUUAGCUGGGUGCUGCACAUACGUUUUGCAGUUGUAAGGUCAGAGGUGAAGCCAAAAAUAUGAGAAAGGAGGGGCCAAAUAGUAAUUUUACUAGGAAAGUGGGGACCAAGUAUUGUUUUUGGUGUGAUGAGGUAUUCUGCUACAAUGGUGGUGUGAUAAGGCAUUCUGCUACAAUGGUGUAAAAAAUAUCUUUUUGAAGGGGGGCGGGGGAAGUUGUGGCACUAGCUGCGCCUCUGUGUAAGGCUGUUUACUUCUAAAUCAUAAUCUGUUUCCGUUCAUGCAAAUAUUUGAGUUCAAUGUCGUGGAACAUAAAAAUAUUCUUUAACUGUUGUUUGUGAUAUAUUCUGAUAAUAGUUUUUAUUUUCUUACGAUAUUUGAUGCAUAUGGUACCAUAUGAUUCGAUUAACUACAAAAUCGAUACAUAUUUAUAUAGACAAAUGAUUUUAUUAUGAAUUAGUAGCACAUUUAUUGA